UGGGUGGGGUUGUGAGCCUGGGGGGAGGAGGGUGGUUCUAAGCAGAAACAGAGCGAGCCCCAUUUCGUAUUACAUACGAAUACAGAAAAAAGAAAAGGGAAUCCUGAGCUGAGGCUCUUUACUUCGGGAGACAUUUAACUGUUUUUUAUGGAGACUGCUGGUCUGGAAAAUGAAGAUCUCUUCUGUGGUCAUAGUUCUCCUGACUAAAGCGUUCAUUGGAGAAGUGUGCCAGGCCAUCAACAUCACUGUCACCCCCUCCCCGUUUACGGUGGCCCAGGAGGGCGAGAACGUCACCCUGACCUGCCAGGUGUCCCAGAGACGUCGCUCCAGCAGCCUGCCCGUAGUCAAAUGGACAUUCCUGCCGGAACGUUCUUCAAGCGACAAAGAGUUCCUCAUCGCCAGGGUCAACAUGAGAAAGGCCAGGUUCUAUGGGGACUAUACCAAGAGCUUCCCCUGGCCUAAGUUGAAGCUGACAGUGGUCAAGCAGGGGAAGAUUUUCGACCUGCUCAUUAUGAACAUCUCAGUGGAGGACCGCGGACUCUACAUAUGCCGGGUGCAGGAGUUCAAGAAGCACCAGAACCGAUGGAAGGCAUCAACAAACUGUACGGCCGCCACCGAGCUUAGAGUGCAUGUCCUACCAGCGACCACGGCCAAGGAGAGUCUGUGGAGCCUGUUUGAAGACGUGUACCUGUGCGCUGUACUGAUCUGCUCUGUGGGACUGGUGUGCAUGUGCAUGUUCACCGUGGCGGUGACCUGCCAAUAUGUUCAGAGGAAGAAGAAGUUAAAAGACAACUACCAUUUGGUCAAGAGCCUACAGAACAGUUCAGGGGAGACGGUGACCAGUCUAGUCAGUGUGUCUCCUGCUCUGCCCAAAAAGCAGAGGAGGUACAGGAGGAAACGAAGCAAAGCCCAGUCAGAGAUACCACCAGAGAUACCAGUUAAAGCACCCAUAGCAAACAAAAUCCCCAAACCCAAACUUUUAAAGGUACAGCCGAUGAAAGUGGUCUUGCCAAAGAUUGCAGAAGAGAGCCUGACAUAUGCAGAGUUGGAGCUGGUCAAGCCUCUGCCAGACAACAAAGCCUCGUGCACAAGCACUGUGUACGCCCAAAUCCUCUUUGAGGAGAGCUCUUUCAACUGGUGCCAAAGUCAACGGGCUCUUGGCGACACACUUGUACCCAGAGCUGUGAUCAGCUGUGACAGAGCAGUUUAACUGGCUACAAACGAAAGGCCUUGUUUGGCUUGACUUGUAUCACCAGGGUUUUCCUCUCACCUUAUGAUUACAAAGCACAUGAUUACUUAAGUUUUUUAUUUUAUUUUUUACUCCUGGUAAGAACAACACCAAUGACCAAAUGCCGUUUCUUUAUCUCUCAAGAUCUGCACAACAGCGGAGAUUUUGUCUUCUGUUUUUUUUACUUUUCCGUGAAUGUAAGUGUGUGUAAAAAUGCUUAGUAUGUUUAAUGACCCCUUGGAUUUAACCAUGGAAAACCGAGCAAAACAACAGUAUUUUUUUUUCCCCCAGUGAACUUGAAAUGCCAGACAUCCAGGCACCAUAACCAUUCCCCAUCCACCAGUUCUCUCUCUCAUAUAUGAAGAUCUAUACAUAGACUAAUAAUCACCAGAGUGCAUUGAGACGAUUCCAUGUAGGAAAAACAAAUCCUUCCCACAUACAUUGACAACAACGAAAUCUAUCUAUAUCUAUCUACACACAUCUAUCUACACAAUGGUUCAAAGUAACCUUCCUGGGGUGAGAAAAACGUCUUAAAACCUUUUUAAACUGUGAAAAUUGAAGUCUCCUCCAAACCACGUUUGACUUAAUGGGAGGCCACUGCGUGGACCUCUAACUAGAACCAUGUGUGAACGCUGAACUCUGCACUUUCCUCUGCACUUUUCCUUUGCCAUUCGUUUCACCCGGAGAGUGCCGUCGCCCGCACUCAUCAACAUUACUCUCCAUUCCAGUUGGAGCACCUCUGUUAUUUGUUUUUGUCAUUUGAAAAUGACGUCGUCGCUGUCUGAUGAAAACCUCAUAACUACAUUUUUGCCAAUUUAAAUGUUUUUUUCAUUUAUUGAAAGCAAUAUGUCCCCUCAAUGUACUCUCAACAUUUAAUGACUAUAGGACCAAGAAAAUGUAUUCAAAAUAGCUUCUGAAGUUUCGUAAUUGUAUGUUCAUUAAUGGGAAAAUAUGGUCAUUUUUUCAUUUACUGAAAAGUUUCUGUUUUGGAGAUGAGGGUUCAUCAGACAGCGACGAUAUAUGUGUGUGUGUAUAAUGUAUCAUAUGUGCUGUAUAAACAUAAAGUGGAUGUAUAUGGUCAGUGGUUAA